AUGAAGCUUGUCCCUCCACGAAUCAAACUGAAAUGGAUAAGUCAGUCUACGCGAUUAUUCUCCUCCCGUCCCGAUGAUCCUACUAAACUCAUUGAUCUGACAAAAUAUUCACCCGAGAAGAUCCGGAAUUUUAGCAUCGUUGCCCAUGUAGAUCACGGGAAAAGCACAUUAGCUGAUCGUUUACUCGAGCUCACUGGGGUAGUGAAACCAGGAGAGCGAAAUGAGCAAAUGCUUGAUCGUUUGCCUGUCGAGAGAGAACGAGGAAUUACUGUGAAGGCUCAGACUGCUGCUCUACCAUAUAAGGAUUGUUUAUUUAAUCUCAUCGAUACUCCUGGUCAUGUCGACUUUUCUGCCGAAGUUUCCAGAUCAUUAGCGGUUUGUGAUGGCAUUUUGCUAGUAGUUGCUGCCAAUCAAGGAGUCCAGGCACAGACAAUUGCCAACUUUUGGCUGGCUUUUGAAAGAAAUAUACAUAUGAUACCGGUUAUUAAUAAAAUAGAUCUAAGUGGUGCUAAUAUUCCAAAGGUAGAGACCCAACUGAAAAACCUCUUUGAAUUUGAACCUCAUGAAUCGCUGAAGAUCUCGGCAAAGACAGGAUUGAACGUUGAGUCAGUGCUGGACGCUAUUGUUCAAAAAAUUCCUCCACCAACUACCAGAAAGGAAGCUCCUUUUCGUGCUCAGAUUUUCGAUUGUUUAUUUGAUCACUUUCGUGGUGCUAUAGCAUUUAUUCGUGUUACUGAUGGCAGCGUACAAAGAGGUCAGAAAAUCCGAUCUUUUCAUCAUGGCAAAGAGUACGAAGUCUCCGAGGUGGGAGUAAUGCGGCCCGACAUGGCCCCUUGCUCAUCCCUAAACGCUGGUCAAGUAGGAUACGUAAUCUGCAGCAUGAAAACAGUUAACGAAGCUACAAUUGGCGAAACGUUGUAUGCUGCUGAAAUCUCGGAAACAGUAGAACCAUUUCCCGGUUUCAAACCUAUCAAACCUACUGUCUAUGCUGGGUUGUUCCCAGUGGAGACCUCUGAAUAUGAAGGGCUUAAGCAGGCUGUCGAGCGACUAAGCUUGAACGAUCCGUCUGUCGUGAUUAUGCCAGAUUCAAGUCCAGCUCUUGGAUUGGGGUGGAAGGUAGGAUUUCUUGGAGUACUUCACAUGGAAGUGUUUGGUGCCCGUCUAGACCAAGAAUACGGAGCCAGCGUUAUAUUAUCACAACCUUCUGUGGAGUACAAGGCAAUCGUCAAGGACAACGAGACGAUCCGUAAGAAAAGGUUUGGAGGGAGAGGUGAAAUCAGCAUCUUGGAUGCAAGCAAAUUUCCGGAAGAAGCCGAUAUCGAGAAAUUUCUGGAGCCAGUGGUGAAGGUUCGUAUGAUUGUUCCUUCCGAAAUGAUGGGUGCAGUCAAUGGUUUGUGCUCCGAAUGUCGUGGAGAGCGUGGCGAAAUAAGCUCUAUCGAUGAAGAUAGGUUAAUGAUCAUCUGGAGGUUACCGCUUGCUGAAGUUGUGGUUGACUUCUUCGAACGCCUCAAGAGGCUUACUUCUGGUUACGCUUCUUUUGACUAUGAGCAAGAUGGCUAUAUUGAAACAAAGCUCAUCAAACUAACUAUCACAAUAAAUGGACGAGAGGUCCCAGAAUUUUCCCAAAUUAUUCCCGCAGCAAUGGCACGCGAGCGUGCAAAGUUGCUUGUUCAGCGCUUGAAGAGGGAGAUACCUCGGCAGCAAUAUGAAGUGACCAUAAAAGCAUGCGUCGGUAACUCAACUAAAGCUCUGUCUCAUGUCUCCAUACAACCCAUGAAACGAGAUUUUACACAACUGCUCAAAGGAAAUUUUGGCGGAGGAGGAAUGGAACGACUGAACAAGAAACUUAGUCAUCAGAAAAAGGGAAAAGAGCGGAUGAAGCAGAUAGGUAACGUACAAAUACCCAAGGAAGCGUUCCUUAAUGUGCUGAGGAACUGAUAGAUAUGCGUAAUUGUUAUUUGAAUAGUUUUAUUGAGACGCUUUCACUGCUGUUGACAUGUAUAUUUUAUUUGUUAAAUUGUUAGUUUUAUCAAAUAAAACACAAAUACCAGUAAAAAUAUCA